UCGCCCACUCUCGCGUCGAUCCAGCGAUUCGAUGGGGUGUUGCUGCUCCUGGGUGCGUGGCGUUUGUGCCGUGAGAUACAAAUGCAGGAGCCUUCUGACCUGCACAGGCUGCUGCUCGUGGAUCCGUGGCGUUUGUGCCGUGAGAUACAAAUGCAGGAGCCUUCUGACCUGCGCAGGCUGCUGCUCGUGGAUCCGUGGCGUCUGCGGCAGGAGGAAGAAGAAGGAGGCCGCACAAGAGACAUCAACUUCAGAGACAAAGAAAACAAAGAGGAAGUGGGGGUGGGGGCGUGGCGGUGGUGGCAAGACUGCCCAUGAAGCUGAGGAGCCAUUGACGUCGGAGACGAACAAGAAGAGGAAGAAUGGAGCAACGAGCCUGGAGAUGGAUAAGAGCAAAUGGCUCAAGAACAGAAUUUGGAAAAAGAAGAAGCCGAAAAACGAACAAUUAGCGACCCUUGUGAAAGAGAUUUCACUCAAAAAUAGUCCCAAGGCCAGGGCUGCAGCAGGGGAGAUACUACGAAUCGGCAACCACAACAUUCCUAGCAAGGUGUUUACGUUCCUUCAAUUGUCUGAUGCAACCAACUCUUUCAGCCCAGAGAAUCUCCUAGGAGAAGGUGGCUUUGGAAGGGUGUAUAGAGGAUACAAUUCAGAGACUAUGGAGGUCAUAGCAGUUAAGCAGCUCGACAAGGACGGGUUGCAGGGAAACCGUGAAUUCCUCGUCGAGGUGCUGAUGCUUAGCCUCCUUCAUCACCCAAACCUUGUUACCUUGCUUGGCUACUGCACCGAAUGUGACCAGAAGAUUCUAGUAUAUGAGUAUAUGCCCCUCGGAUCGUUGCAAGAUCAUCUUCUAGAUCUUACACCAAAAUCUCAGCCCCUGUCCUGGCAUACACGGAUGAAGAUUGCGGUCGAUGCUGCCAGAGGCCUCGAGUACUUGCAUGAGGUAGCUAAUCCACCGGUGAUAUACCGUGAUCUCAAGGCAUCAAACAUUCUCUUGGAUGGAACUUUCAAUGCAAAGUUGUCAGAUUUUGGCCUGGCAAAGCUUGGCCCUGUCGGCGACAAAAGUCAUGUCACCACAAGGGUGAUGGGCACGUAUGGAUACUGCGCCCCCGAGUAUGCCAUGUCUGGCAAGCUAACAAAGAUGUCAGACAUCUAUUGCUUUGGUGUAGUUCUGUUGGAGCUCAUCACUGGGAGGCGAGCAAUCGACACUACGAAGCCGACUCGUGAGCAAAUUCUUGUUCAUUGGGCGGCGCCUCUCUUCAAGGAUAAGAAGAAGUUUAUCAAGAUGGCUGAUCCACUGCUUGACAAUAGGUUCCCCCUGAAAGGCCUAUACCAGGCACUUGCAAUCUCAUCAAUGUGCCUACAAGAAGAAGCAAGCAGUCGCCCGCUAAUCAGCGAUGUGGUGACGGCGCUUACAUUUCUUGCCGAUCCAAACUAUGAUCCCCCAGAUGACAUCGAACCUCUACCCAUAUCAGCUCCCUUUUUGGACCAAGAAAUUAGCCGAAGAGAACAUGAAUGUGGUGAAGAAAAAUCGCAGCACAAAACAGAAGAAGAUAACUGAAAUGGUUUCUGAGAUGAGCGAGCAGAUGGUGGAUCAAGCCAGCAAGGUUUGUAGAGGUACCAGAUGGAGGAGAAAUAGAUGAUAUCUCUGUUGUAACGUACAGCCUAUAUAGGAAGGAUGUAACAACAUAUCAUGUUCCUGAAUGAGAUUAACAUAUGUUCUUCGAUUAGGCAUAAUCAA